AUGGCCCCCGGUCCCAAGCCCCGGCCAGGGUGGCUUUGCAACAUUAUUGUUGAUGGAAUUGCAAGCACCCAACGCGCCGACAGCGGAUGUGGUGCCGCAGGUCCGGCGCGGCGGCGGGGUGCUGUGUGCUUGUUUUUGCUCUCCAGACAGAUAUACCAAUCCAUCCAUAUAUCCCACUCCUCAUCCAUGGCCAUGCUGAGCAGCAGUUGGAAAAAAACGGGGGUGGCGCUGGCUGGCUGGCGCUGCAGCACACUCAGACUGCACAGCGCGCUCACAAUGGCUUGGCCUCAUUCUGCGCCCUGCCACCUCUCCCAGCAACAGCCUGUGAGUACAAUAUACUUAGCAUCUAUCCAACUCUCUCUCCCCUUUCCACCCCCCUCCCCUCCUCGCUCCUGGCUUGGCCUGCCCGCGAUCGCUGCACGCGACUCAAGGGCACGCUACACAUGUCCACCCUGGCACGGGCCUUUUUGCACUUUCACCUUGGCCCCGCUGCACCGCAUCAGCCCUCUCGUCUGCACUAGCCCUAGCAAUGUGAAACGGCGUCGGAAACGGUCCCGACAAGUUCCUGGGACAGGCGUGUGUACUCUAGCGGGAGUGUACUGUGCAUGUGUAGUAUGCACCUCAUGUGGCCUUGUGGCUGAUGCUGGUCCUGGGGCAACUGCUGCACCCUUUAGCCCAUGUGCCAUCCCAUCCUCAUUUAACCUUCUUCAAGAUCGACAUCCCCUUCGGCCUGUCUCCCUCCCUUUCUGCACCACGCCUGCCCUGCUGUCAGAUGCCGUGACCCGCGAGUCAGAGCCCAAUUGCCCUCGCCUUUUCUCCCGGGCCUAUCAUACACCAAGGCUAAUGGCUAGUGAAGUAGAGUUGCAAUACGCAUACGCCUCGCUCCGGCUGCUCUCAACAAGCCACACGUUCUAG